AUGAAUGUUGCAGUGUUUGCCUACGGGGCGACCGGAGCAGGCAAGACCCACACUAUGUUAGGCUCGGCGGAGGACCCUGGCGUUAUGUACCACACCAUGAAGGAGCUGUACAGCCGUAUCGAGCAGGUUCAAGAUGAGAAGGUCUUUGACAUUGCCGUCUCCUAUCUGGAAGUUUAUAACGAGCAGAUCAGGGACCUCCUGACGAAUUCUGGGCCCUUGGCUGUCCGAGAAGACAGUGCUAAGGGAGUGGUGGUUCAGGGACUCACACUGCAUCAGCCCAAAUCCACAGAGCAUAUCCUUGAAGCUCUAGAUUAUGGCAACCGCAACAGAACACAGCAUCCCACUGAUGUGAAUGCCUGCUCGUCGCGAUCCCACGCAGUGUUUCAGGUUUACGUGCGGCAGCGGGAGAAAACGGCCGGCAUUAACCAGGACGUCCGGAUCGCCAAGAUGAGCCUCAUUGACCUGGCGGGGUCCGAGCGGGCCGGGGCCACCAACGCCAAAGGCGCCAGGUUCCGGGAGGGGGCCAACAUCAACCGCUCGCUGCUGGCCCUCGGAAACGUCAUCAACGCCCUGGCGGACCCUAAGAGCAAGAAGUCUCACAUCCCGUACAGAGACAGCAAGCUCACUCGACUCCUGAAGGACUCCCUAGGAGGAAACUGCCGAACCAUCAUGAUCGCCAACGUCAGUCCUUCCUCCAUGUCCUACGAGGACACCUACAACACCCUGAAGUACGCCAACAGGGCCAAGGACAUAAAGUCAUCCCUGAAGAGCAACGUCGUCAGCCUCGACAGUCACGUCAGCCAGUACGCUGUGAUCUGUGAAAAGCAGUCGAAGGAGAUUCUCAUGCUGAGACAGAAGUUGAAAGAAUUCGAGGAGAAGAGCUUGGCCCUCCCAGAGAGCCGCCGUCUGAGCCUGAUGGCGGUCUCCCAGCACAAGCAGGCCGAGAUCGAGAAGUUGGAAGAAUCGCUGAAGAGCGUCUUUUCCAGCAGAAUGCAGAUUCGAAAAGAUUUUCUGAAUCUGGAAAGGCAGCUGAAGGAGAAUGAACUGAAAACCUAUUACAGAGAGCAGUGUCACCAGCAAAUUCAGCUGCUCUGCUCAUAUGACAAAGCUGAGAAGGCGACCUGCAAGCACGAGCGCCGGAUGGCGUCCCUGCAGACCCAGCGUUUGCACAUCCAGAGGCGCCUGCAGGAGGCGGGGAGGCGCUUCGAGGAGAACGGCAGCUGGCUCCACCGCGUCGAGAACGAGCUGAAAAUCUUCGACCACGACGGGCAGGUGCCCAAGGUUCUCCAGAAAGAUCUGCAGUGUCACCGACAGCAACUGGAGGUUUUAGAUCUGCGGCAGCAUAUUGAGCACAUGACGCACCUCAUCAGCCUUCAGGACCAAGAAAACAAGCAAACAAAAAAGAUACUGCACGUCCUGCUGCCGGCGUUCCGGCGCCAGUUCCAAGCCCUGCGGGAGGCGGGGCUGGCGGGCCCGGCGGGCGAGGCAGAGUUCCGGGAGCUGGAGCAGCUGGUGCAGCGGGAGAAGGGGGUGGCGUGGGCCGACCAGUCCGCGGCCGAGGAGCCGGGGCGCGGGGCCCCCGGCCGGGAGGAGCUGGCCUCCGUGCUGUCCUUCUCGCUCCUCACCUGCCACCAGAACACGCCUUGCAGCUCCGAGAAACCUAAGAGGAAAAGCUUCCAAAGCACAGCACCGGAAACCACGAUAAAAAGUUCACCUGCAAAGUCUCAAGAAGAGGACGCUGCCCUGCGGACCAGGGGGGAUGCCCAGGCCUCGGAGUGCCAGCAGGAGGUUCUGCGCAAGCCCGCCAGGAGGAAGCUGGCGGUGUCCCCUCUAGCACGGAGCUGUGCAGACAACGGCCAGCAGCAGCCCCGCGUCUCCGCGCUGCAGGGCGCCUUCUGUGGGGAGGGGGUGUUCCCUCUCCAGUACACCCCCGAAGUCUGCCGAACGGCGGAGCCCCCCGGCCCCACCUGCGGGGACGCAGGUGCUCCCCCCGAGUCCGUCAACCUGACCUUUGACCUGUCGGAGGAAUGUGAGCCCAGCAGCAACCUCACUGCCAUCAUAUCCCCGGGCACAGGCAAACUGGAUACAGUUCUAGGCUAUGGCAAAAGCUCUUAUCUGCCUGGGCUGGGCGUCCCCGUGCCAACCGGCGAGACGCUCGCCAGGCAGCCGAAACCAUCGUACAUGGCGAUGACGUCGGCCGCCCAGGGGAAGCGAAAACUGAGCAGCUUCAGUGUUCUGCGCGACGCCAUCAAAGAAAACACACAAGGUCCCACUGUAGCCAAGCGCUUGAGAAACGACUCCUUUCUGAGCAGCAAACCCAUGCGAGUCCCCAAGCUUAAAGGACCGGAAGAGCCGAUGCCGGCGCGCCGCGUGGUGAGGAGCGUGUCGGAGGGCAACCUGAGCCUGGCUGGAGUCAAGAAGCAGCCGCGCAGGUUCAUGGGAACCGCCAGGCUGUUUAAAAGAGCGGCCAAGCAGUCAUGAAGGAGCCUGGGGUCCAGACCGGCGUGGCCUCAUGGUCUACUGGUUGACGCCCCCAGCCCCCAACAACAAGAAAAAAAUCGCUGUACAAUUGCGGAAGGGAAAGGACGGCUUGCUUUAGUGGGAUGGGGGUGGGGGAGUGUAAAUAUUUUUUUAAGAAAAAGAUAUUGUAAAUUUUUUAGUAUGUGUUUUUCUGUUGUUCUGUGUGUUAAAUAACUACAUCCGGCGAUAAAUAAAUUUCUGCUUAGUGCUUUAAAUCUG